AUGUUGAGGUCACUACAUUUUAAAACAUUUAAACUACUGCAUCAUAUACCAAGGCGUUGCUUUCAUCCAACAUAUAUCACAUACAAGGAUGAGAAAAUAUUAAAGAACCUAGCCGACCUGUUCCAGAAAGGUGAUAUACGUCCAGUAGAUGAACAGAAGAAGGACAAGUCAAAUAAUAACAAUAAGGAAGAAGAUGACGAGGAUUCAAGUCAUUCUUCAACUCUACCGACAAAUCAAAUUGACGAGUUUGAAAGUUACUCGGUCAUGAAUAGACAACAGUUUCUAUUUCAAAUGGGCUUGGAUGGAGACAAACCAUUUAUGUCGUUUCAUAACCCACAUUUUGUUGAUUCAAAACAGAUUUUACGCAAUCUACCUGAUCAAAUAGACGUGCUUGACCCAAAAGAUAUGAAGCGGGUAGAGGAGAUAUACGGCCAGUUGCAACAACUAGAUUCAAACCCAGCAAUGCAUGAAAAAUUUCUCAAACGGUAUUUUUACGAUUAUGACAAUGAUUUAAUGAAGUUGGGUCAAUAUAUACGAGGUAUCAAUUCCAAAUUUAAAAUGUUGAGACGUAAUGAAAGUGAAAAAUUCAAUCCUGAAAGUGUCAUACAUGAGUAUGUUAAUGACAAGAUGAAACAUCCGUAUAAUGUUGUUGGAUUUGAUCGAAGUUUCAUGGGGAUGCCCUUGCACAAGAACAUGGAAAAAACCGCAGUACUACCUCGUGAAUUUAUUCAGGAUUUACCAGCAUUUGAUUCCAAAAUUACAUUGAAGAAAUUUGAUUUAAAUUUUAUGGAAAAGGAUGGAUCGAUAAAUGUUGACCCCAGCUUUGUUACCCCUUUGAAAGAGUUGUUUGAUUAUGAAAAUAAAAAUUAUUCUGGUGGGGGCAUAUAUUCAUCACCCGCCAAAUUAGCUCAACGUGCAACACAUGCUUACUUGACUAGUAAAUUGGGAUUACCUCGAUACAAUAUUCAAGUGGAAAAUACCGAAGAUUAUAAUCGAUUAAAAUUGAAUAAUCAUCAAAUUACUAAUCGUAUUGAACAAGAGAUUCGUGUAAUGAAGAAGUCAUUAUUGGAAGAGAUCAGAACCACAGUGGAAAGCUCAAAUGCUCAUUUAAUGAGUAGUGAUACCCAUAAUGACUAUAUCAAGUCGAAUCAAUAUAUCUUGUGUGCCAUCAAGGAGGAAUUACAAGGAACAGUUUACAUUUGGAAGAGUUUUAGUAUUCUCCCCGUUUACUUUAUGCUUCCAUUAAACAAAAGACGUGAAAGACACUUGGCUAAUCAUUUAUUCAAGUUGUUUCUCAUCAACCUUGAGGAGAAAAUCGACAUUUUGUUCAAGAUCAAGUAUGAUCGUGCAAGAGAUACGCAGAAAUUCAUGAAGAAUGUGGUCAAGAACAUUGGCCAUACUAUAAAAUUUAGAUUAUGGCGGUAUUUCAAAACCACUAAAAACUCACUCAAUGCAUCUUCGGCAGCAGCUACUAUUUCAUCAUCUAUUCAAUUACCAUUGUUAAAGACCAAUUUUCAGAAUAAGCAAGCUGUUAUUUAUUCGCCAUUUAAGAAAUCACCAUUUAAGCGGAUUUAUUGGAUACUGAAACCAUGCAAUACUCGUUGUCGCAAUUUGAGGAAAUCGUCCACUAGUGUUGAUUAUGCUGUUAUUGGGGAGGAUCUAUUGGAAUAA